GUGUGACGAAUCACUGUUCUUUUCGUUUCUCUUCCCACCCAGCACAGCUACCAGCGCCAUGUCCCUGGUUGGAACCGUAUCCGCCGUCGCCCGCAGAGCCAUGCCGUCGGCAGCCCUGGCGGGCGCCUCGUACUUUGCGCUCAAGGCGCUUGCUGGGUUCACCAGCCCUGAUGCCAAGCCCGACUCGGACCGCGGCAUGCAGCCGCUGUACGCAACACACAAGCCAACGACGCCGAUCCAGAAGCUGACAAUCGCUGUGGGCUCAGCGCUGAUGGGCUUCGGCGACCCGACCGACGGCUCGCACAUUGCAGCGCUGGGCGAUGCUACAGCCAACCCGUUCUUCGGCAAGAUGCGCGCGCAGAUGCUCAACGACCCGGUCGGCCGCCGCAUCCUGAAGGAGCGCCCCGAGAUUUCGUUCACACCGGAGCAGUGGUCGGCGCUGCAGCACCUGCCCGAUGGCACAUUCGGCCGCACGUACUACAACCAGAUGCACCGCAACGGCAUCUCGUGGGCCACGCGCCCGCCCGUGCGCUUCGUUGACAACGAGGAGAACGCGUAUCUGCUGCUGCGCUACCGCCAGUGCCACGACUUCUACCACACGCUGCUGGACAUGGACAUCUCGGUCGUCGAGGAGCUGGCCAUCAAGGUCUUUGAGUGGCGACAGACCGGCUUGCCCGUCGGCCUGAUAGCCAGCCUGUUUGGCCCGCUGCGUCUGCCGGCUGACGAGAAGGAGCGCUUUUUCAAGCACUACCUGCCGUGGGCCCUGCAGUGCGGGUCCGAGGCAAAGCCGCUGAUUGGCGUGCACUGGGAGGAGAUGUGGACCCGCGACGUCGAAGAGCUGCGCAAAGAAAUGGGCAUCUGGCUGCUGCCCGAGCGCAACAGCGUGACGCACGCUGCCAACUCGACUGCCAUCACCCCCUAGACGCGCUCUCCUGCCCAGCCCUAGACAGCUGGUAUUCGAUUUAAACUUCACAUAUUGGCGCUCACAUUUUUUGGUUAAAGAUAUCUUCUAAGACUCUUGCUGCUGCUGCUGCUCCUUGGCUGCUGCUGCCCUGGCUUUCAUCUUCAUCUUCAGCCUCUUCGCUGACGUGGCCUUCUUGACAGCUAGCUUCUUUUUCCUCGCCCGCUCGUUCUUCUUCAUGCUGGCCACGCAUGCCAGGAACACGCCAUGGUAAUGCGCCAGGAACGAAUCAAGGUCGCCUGGGGCCACCAGCGUGCUGAGCUUCUUCUUCUCUGUCGCAGCACGCACCAGCGUCGCAUACUCCUUGUCGUCGAGCGACAGCUUGUCGACCAUCUGCCGCAUCGCCUCCUCCUCGCUGUUCUGCGUUGUCUUGCGCUUCUUUCCCUGCGUGUAGUCGUACCGCUUAAUGCUCAGGUUCA